AUGGCAUCAACAAUUUCAUCUCUGUUUGGUUAUGCCCCCAACAUACUAGGGAUACCAAAGCCUCCCCCGGUACCACCAAAGGCUCUUCCAGCUUCUUGGUAUUCCUCGCCUGAAAUGUACGAAUUAGAGCGACGAGCGAUCUUUUCCAAAAAGUGGAUUCUAAUUACCCACACACUACGUUUUGAAGAGCCGGGAGACUUUUAUCGAUUUGAGGAGGCUGGCUUCUCUUUUGUGCUCUGCCUUGAUAGGGAAGGCAACCUCAAUGGCUUUCAUAAUAUUUGCCGACACCGCGCGUAUCCUCUGAUAUCACAAGAUGAAGGUAACGCUAAAAUACUUUCUUGCAAAUAUCACGGGUGGUCAUAUGGCUUGAACGGAAAAUUGGCAAAGGCCCCCCGGUUCGACGACGUACCAGGCUUCAAGAAGGAGGAGCAAGGCCUCUUUCCAGUACAUGUCCAUGUUGACAAUCUAGGGUUCAUCUGGGUGAAUCUUGACUCAUCGAAGAAUCCUAUUACUUGGCACGAGGAGUUCAAAGGAGUUGAUACACAAGAAAGGUUCCUGAAUUUUGACUUCAGCCAAUACAAGUUCAACCAUACAUGGCAUAUGGAUGGCAACUAUAACUGGAAAACACUUGCCGACAAUUACAACGAAUGCUAUCAUUGUACGGUUGCGCACCCAGAUGUGGCGAACCUUGCAGAUCUUUCCUAUUAUUACACAGUUUCGACUCCUGGACACAUUCAACACUUCUCUCGCCCGAAAGAAGACAAGGUCGAGGACGAUAUUCAAAACGCAAGUACUUAUUAUUUCCCCAAUGCUUGCAUGACGGUUUCACCUCAUUUCUUUUAUUUGAUGCGAUGUGUACCAACUUCUGCAGGCACCUGUUCCAUGGAAUACGAAGUCUACCGUCACAAGGAUGCCUCUGACAAAGAUUUCGAGUAUAUUGAUGGUUUCUUCAAGCGAGUAUUAGACGAGGACAAGCAUCUUUGCAAUGCGGCUCAGAAGAAUUUGAAUGCCGGCGUGUUUGUGAAUGGACAGCUUCAUCCCGAGCUUGAGAGUGCGCCGCUCUUCUUUCAAAACACUGUCAGACGCGUCCUGGGGACUCAUCGUGAGGAGGAAAAACGCCAUAAAAGGGAAAUAUGGCCAGCUCGACAGCAUUCAGCAGGCUCGGCUACCGCGGAAGAUAUCGAAUUUUGCUCUGGACUAGCAUGCAGUGAGGGAUCUAGUAAUUUAGAGUGGUAG